UGCUCUACAUCUUUCGAGCCCUAUCACUUCUUUUCCUUCCUCUUUGAAAAACCCUUUUCUAGGGUUAGGGUUUUUGCUGCUUCUCUUAAAUAUAGCUUCCCAAUUUGGGUUUUUCUUCUCUACUUCUCAAUAUUGAGGUUUAGUUCAUCUAUUCUUUGUUACGGUUUCGCGCUUCUAUUCUUUCUGUGGAUCUAGAUCUGCAAUCCUAAUAUUAAAUCGAUGAUGAAUGCAAAAAAGAGAGGGAGGCCUGAAGUUGCUAAUGGUGGAUUCAAGAAAUCUAAGCAAGAAAUGGACUCCUUAUCAACUGGUGUAGGAAGCAAAUCGAAGCCAUGCACCAAAUUUUUCAGUACUGCUGGAUGUCCAUUUGGUGAGAGCUGCCAUUUUUUGCACUAUGUUCCGGGCGGUUACAAUGCUGUGGCCCAGAUGAUGAAUCUUCCCCCAGCUGUCACUCCAGUGUCCAGAAACAUGGCUGCCCCACCGGCGAUUCCUAAUGGUUCUGCUCCAUCUGCAGUUAAGAGCCGCUUGUGCAACAAAUAUAAUACUGCUGAAGGUUGCAAGUUUGGUGACAAAUGCCAUUUUGCACAUGGCGAGUGGGAACUUGGCAAGCUUAUUGCUCCAUCACAUGAAGAUCCUCGAGCAAUUGGAACUGUUCCAGGCCGUAUGGGUGGUCGGAUGGAACCCCCUCCACCUGGUCCUGCUGCUAGCUUUGGUGCCUCGGCCACUGCAAAAAUCAGUGUGGAAGCUUCUCUUGCUGGAGCCAUCAUUGGGAAGGGCGGUGUGCAUUCCAAGCAGAUCUGCCGCCAAACAGGAGCCAAGUUAUCCAUCAGGGAACAUGAGACAGAUCCUAAUCUUAGGAACAUUGAAUUUGAGGGAUCAUUUGAACAGAUUAAGCAAGCUAGCUCCAUGGUUUCAGAACUAAUUGCCAGCCUUAGUUCUGCAAAUGCCCCCGGAAAAACCAUUGGAGCGCCUGCAGGCCAUGCCCAUCCAGGUAGCAACUAUAAAACUAAGAUGUGUGAAAAUUUUACCAAAGGAUCUUGCACCUUUGGUCAAAGAUGCCAUUUUGCUCAUGGAGCUGCUGAAUUACGCAAGUCAGGGAUGUGAUGAGGCAAAUCAGUUUUUGUAGCUAGUUCAUUGCACAAGCUGUGUGCCAUCUCUGUAUUAAUGAGAGCUUUGUAUUAAGUGCUGGCUGUGCAGUGUUACUAAAUGACAGUGAUGAAACUUUGAUAAACUUGAGUUUUGGGUUACUUAUAUUAGAACCGUUGUAGCUUUGGCGGCUCGUUUACCUCCUUUAGAAUUCUGUAGGAGUGUUGUGCUUUGUGAGUUUGAUCGCAUUGGACAUGUUUUUGGUGGCACCGUUCGAUAUUGUCCUACUCGCAAAAAAUCCUGCAAUUAGAACAUUUCUUAGUGUUUAAUUUGUGACUGAA